AAGCCAGGCCACAGCAGACGCUCGCAAAGGAUCAGAUCACAAAUCAGAGCAUACAAAAUGCAAUACACACUGCUCGUUGUGGCAGCCUUGCUGAUGAGCCUGGCCCAGGCAAGGCCACAAGGACCGACCGGAGAGCCCAUACCCAUUAUCAGGCAGGAGCAGGAGGUGAACUUCGAUGGGUCCUACAAGUACUCCUACGAGACGGGCAACGGCAUCAAUGUCGAGGAGGAGGGCUACCUCAAGAACGCCGGCACCGACGAGGCGGGACAGGUCGCGCAGGGCUCCUUCUCCUACACCUCGCCGGAGGGCAUACCCAUUCGGAUCACCUAUCUGGCUGAUGAGAAUGGCUUCCAGCCGCAGGGCGAUCAUCUGCCCACGCCCCCACCGAUUCCACCGGCGAUUCAGAAGGCACUCGCCUACCUGGCAACGGCGCCGCCGCCGCCACAAGAGCAGCCGUCUGGUGGGUUCAACAACCGACGCGGCUAGACGCCCGCU